GCUGCCAGUGCAAGAAUGAAGAUCUCUGUGAGUUUUACGCUGUUGCUGCUGCUCGGCUCCGUCUCCCCAAGUGAAAAUGUUGAAAGCCAGCAGCCUUUUCCUCAAGACAUCUACGCUGCGCUGAGAAAGAUGACCGCUUCGUUGGUUCAACUGAAGGCAGACAUGAUGCUGUUGCAAAGAGAGAUUACAGAUAUUACAUUACAUCUGAAGGCUGAAGUGAACAAGCAGAAGGCUGAAAUCGGCCAGCAGAAGACUGAAGUGGACAAGCAGAAGACUGAAGUGGACAAGCUGAAGCAACAACUGAAUGUCCGACAGGUUGCAUUCUCAGCCUCUCUGCUGGCUGGAGGUAAAGGUAACAAAUAUAUUGGACCCUUUCGGACGGACACUACCCUGAUCUACAAACACGUCCAGACCAACAUCGGAAAUGCCUACAACUCAAACACACGUGUGUUCACUGCCCCGGUGAGAGGAGUGUACCACUUUGAGUGGUUUAUCACUGGUAACAACGGCGCCCACGCUGCAGGUGCUAUGUUGGUCAAGAACUCAGAGAAUGUUUUCAUGGCAUGGGAGAAACUGAACUAUGGGAAUGCUUCUAAUGGUGUCACGCUGUUACUGGAGGUGGGAGACAUUGUGUUUGUGCGUCUGAGCGCUGACAAUGUGGUGCGUGACAAAGAGAGUAAGCACACCACCUUCAGUGGACAUCUGCUGUUCCCCAUGUAAGACAGAAACAGCAGCUCUGUGAUAGUCACACAGGUUUUUGUUGUCUUAAACAACUCUUCAUAGCACUUCAUAUAUUCAAACUGAUUUCAUCUGCAUCCAAAUAAUGAUAAGUAAUAAUUGUAGACAGGAAUCUUUUUUCCUUCAAAUAUAAACUGAUUAAUGUUUCUGAUUCUCUCUUGUUUCUGUCAUUUUAAUCAAAUAAACAUAUAUCAUUGCAAUUA